ACCUGCACUCACACAUCAAGCACAAAAAAUAUAAGCUAGGUAGCAAGCGGCAUUCAAAACAAAGCAAGAUGACGUCAAGCUUUAGCAACAAGCUUAUGACUAUGAUACCCCUAUUGAUCCUCGCCGUCAUAUCGAUGGCAAAUUGUGUUUCCUACGGGCAUGCCACCCGGGAGGUAUCCACCGCCGGCAGCAAGUCUGGAGACGCUGCAAUGAUGGCGAGGUACAAGAUGUGGAUGGUGGAGUAUGGCCGCACAUACGAGGACGACGCCGAGAAAGCGCACCGGUUCCAGGUAUUCAAGGCGAACGCUAAGUUUAUUGACAGGUCCAACGCCGAAGGCAAGAAGUAUGUCCUGGGGACCAACAAGUUCGCCGACUUGACCGCCGAGGAGUUUGCCGCCAUGUACACCGGCUUCAAGCCGGCGCCGUCCAAGAAGUUGGCUGGUUUUAAGUACGAGAAUUUUACACUAUCCGACCACGAUGAGCAGGUUGAUUGGAGGCAGCGGGGCGCAGUGACUGGUGUGAAGAACCAAGGCCAAUGUGGCUGUUGUUGGGCAUUCUCUGCGGUGUGUGCUGUCGAGGGAAUGAACCAGAUAGCGACAGGAAACCUAGUCUCCCUGUCGGAACAGCAGCUGCUAGACUGCGCCGUGUAUGGCGGGAACCAGGGUUGCAACGGUGGCUUCAUGGACAGCGCCUUCCAGUACAUCAUUGACAAUGGCGGUAUCACCACCGAGGACGCGUACCAGUACUCUGCUGCCGAGGGAACGUGCCAAUCCGUCCAGCCAGUCGUCACGAUCAACGGCUACCAGGACGUGCCCAGCGGUGACGAGGGUGCGCUUGCUUCGGCAGUCACAAACCAGCCGGUGUCCGUGGGCAUCGACGGGACAUCGUCCCCUUUCCAGUUCUAUCAGAGUGGCAUGAUGACUGGGGAUGGCUGUGGCGCAGAGAUGAACCAUGCAGUGACGGCGGUAGGGUACGGCACGGACGAGAAUGGAGACCAGUAUUGGAUUCUCAAGAACUCGUGGGGGACCGGCUGGGGUCAGGAUGGGUACAUGAUGCUCCAGAGAGGCACCGGCGCCUGUGGUAUCUCCACCAUGUCCUCCUACCCAAUUGCAUGAACGCAAAUCUGCAUAGAAACUACUCCCUCCCUUCCAAAUUAUAAGAUCGUUUUAACUUUUCUAGAUGCAUAAAUAUUAUUAUGCAUCUAGAUAUAGGGUAUAUCUAAGUACAUAACAAAGUCUAUGAAUCUAAAAAAGCUAAAACGACCUAUAAUUUGGAACGGAAGAAGUAUAAAGUAUAUCAAGGCAUGCAUGCAUAUAUAAUACAGUUUCAUAAUGAUAUGUUGCAGAAUAAAGCAUGCAUGAUUACAGUAAUAGUUCAUGCAAUAACUAUUCGCAUUGUGGUAAUACGCAGUUAAAAUAUUGUAUGCAAUAAUCAAGUUUAAAACUGUAAUGCUCGAUGGAAUGAAGAACGAGAGCAUGCCACAAAUUAUAGUUCA